GAGCCCUCCUUGCAAUCCUACCCACCUGUAAAACGCCACAGGCACUGUUUGACAUUCAAUGAUAAGACUUAAUUACUUUUCAACUCUGAUACGUUUGAGUCUGAGAAUUGCUUUGUUCGAGAGGAUAAAAAACGAGUAUCGACAAUGGUUUGCGGAGGAUUUGUUUGCACGAAGAAUUCCCUAUGCGCUCUGAACAUACUUUAUGUUAUGGUGAGCUUGCUGCUGAUUGGAGUAGCUGCUUGGGGGAAAUGGUUUGGCCUGGUCUCCAGUUUUCGGGUGGUGGCUGGUAUCAUUGGUGUGGGCAUCUUCCUGUUAUUUGUGGCCUUCGUGGGCCUCUGUGGUGCCCUGAAGCACCACCAGGUCCUGCUGUUCUUUUACAUGAUUAUCCUGUUCCUGGUGUUCAUGGUGCAGCUGUCAGUGUCUGCCGCAUGUCUGGCUAUCAAUAAAGAGCAGCAGAAAGAACUCCUAGAGGUGGGCUGGAACAAGUCCGAGGCCACUCAGAAGGAUGUGGAGAAAACUCUAAACUGCUGUGGCUUCUUCCAUCCGAACUAUAAUGGCACCUGUGACGCGGACUGUUUCUCCAACCCAUUAUCCUGCAACCCUUGUGGUCCAAUCAUCCAAAGUCAUGCUGAGGAGGUUUUACGCUUUGUGGGUGGGAUUGGAUGCUUCUUCAGCUUCACAGAGAUCCUGGGAGUGUGGCUAACACACAGAUACAGAAAUCAGAAGGAUUCCCGUCCGAACUCUGGUGCAUUUCUGUAACUAGCCUGUUCAUAAACUCAACUUUGCACUGUCAUGCAUUUGUAUUUAGAUCCUGUGUGACUUUUAUCUUACGAUUAUGUUUCCUAUUAGGAUAUUUUCAUUGCUGUGAUAAUAUAACUAUGCGUUGAUAUCUAAUACUAUUGGCUGUUUUCCGACAAAGUUUGUGAAAAACGAUUCCAAUCAAUUUAAAUCUUGAGUGAUGGACACUGAAAUCGAGAGCAGUUACUUUAAGGUUUAAUCUGACUGAGGUCACUGAUUGGAGUCGUGAGCAAAUGUCAUGCACCUUAUGCAAACAGAGCACAGACAUAGGGUAAAGGCAGCGAGCAAUGUUUCCUGGUAAGCUGUCUGUGGAUUCCCAGUUUCAAACCCGGCUUUCUUUGGGUACACACAGUGCUGUCUUUGUUGCAGUGUAUGGGGGGGUAUUAGAUGUCACACGGAUGCCAACAGAUUCAUCCUUUUUUUCAGAUUCAGCCCUACUAAAGUUUAAAUAGUCYAUCACUUCACAGAACAUGUACCAAUCCAGACAUUAAGCUUUUUUUUGUCUUCAUUUCUAAACCGUUAGGCUAUAUUGUCCUAUUCAUCUGAAAGCGUCAAGCAURYCACAAACUGAUUUGGUAUCAGUUCAUAUUACAACCCAUUUCUAAACAUCUGGUGUAGGCUAUUAUCUUAAUGUCACAACCAAAAAUACAAUUCUCAAAAUGAGAUUCAGGAAGGAAGUUUACUGCUGUGAUUUCUUCACUGGAACUGGUGUAGUGUGACUUCAAUUCUUCCCCCAUCACACUAGUUUAACUGUUCUCCAGUUAACAUUAGGGUUUGCAUAGAAACUUGCCUUUCCUAAUUUGCCCCCCCCCCCCUCUGAGAUCUACCUUAGAUACAGAGCACAGUGAGUUGCAAUGCAGUUUUAUGACAAAGUAAAAAUAUGUAGCUCAGUGCUGUGUUAGUCACGCCUAAGGCUACAUCCCUGCCUUCCAAACAGGAUGGGAACCAGGACCCAACUGUAUUCCCUUUCAUUCUUCUUUAGGCUGCCCAACCUGUUCAUGAAGGCAUCGCUAUACCUAAAUCAAUGUUAAAGCUUAACAAACUGGCUCUUUAUAUUUGUAUGAUCAACUUAGCACAUGUGGAACCAAUGUGAGCUGUUCUGUGAUGGCAAUGUGUUGCUAGUGUAUAGUGCCACUAGCUGUCAGUGGUAAAAUGUUUCACCAUGCAAAUGACCGUUGGUCACCAACCUGUCGAUCUUCAAGGCAUUCAUAGUCGAUCAUCAAACAUUUCUGUAGAAAAGCCAACUAUAAAAGCUGUGAUAAA